UCGUCGUACGAGCUAUUGAGUCUUGACGUGUUUUUGCUCGUCUCAACCCGCUCUCGUUAUCCCAGAGCAGACAAGGGGCUUGUGUCAGUGGUAAACUGUUGAGACGCCGCGUUGGAAAUCAACCUGUUAUUUCCAUUCGUUUAUUUCUGAAUGGAGCAAUAGCUUCUCCGGGGCAGAUUCGUGGUCGCAGGAACCUCUUGUGUGCCAUCUGUCCACCGAUCCAAAGGCGUACCGCCAAGUCCUUUGCAGGCUUAUUUUUCUCACUUGGAAGCAUGGGAAAGUCCAAAUCACGAGCCACCUCGCCGACCUAUUUGACCCCCUCACACAGGGAAAUCACACCACCGUCGUCAGUCCACGGGGACUGGGACGCAGAUACCGCCAUGUCUCUAUCACGACCACAUAGUUUGGCAAUUCUCCGUACAUCAUCUCCUGGACUCAGGGUACCGUCUUUGGGCGAUAUUCUCUCGAAUACUGCACCUCCACCAUGGACCCUGAGCGCUUUCACAGCUUAUCUGUCGCAAAACCAUUGUCUAGAGACUCUCGAGUUCUUGACCGAGGCGGAGCGUUACCGUAAAGCAUACGAAGCACAGUCUGCGGCGGGAUCCGAACAACAGCAAUGUGAGGAAGGGAGCCUCUGUUCUUUGUGGCACAGGAUCAUGCAAGCAUAUAUCAUGCCCUAUAGCCCGCGAGAGGUCAACCUACCUGCCCCGGUGCGGGACCGCUUACUGGCGCUCGAGUGCUCGAGUUCGACUUGCCCGGAUUCACGUGUACCACAGCCGUCAGAGCUGGAGGAGGCCGUGGGUAUUAUUCAUGAGCUGAUGACUGACUCACUCUUGUUUCCAUUCUUGCAAUCUGUUGCGUCUCACGGCAUGGAUUCAAACCACGACGAAUCUACGGCUGGUGAGCGAAAGAGCAGGUCGAGGUUGCGAAUUCCCAAGGAUCUCAUGGCGUCAUCUGAGGAGAGCUCGCAAUCACCAAAGACGAGUUUUCUUCCGCUGUUCCUUGGUCGUAGCAGUGUUGUAGCUCAAAGGUCCAAUUCAGGGUCUGGUUCAGAUCACACGGAAGUUGAAUUGGUCACAGACGACAGCAGCAGUCCAAACACAACUCCUGGAGCCGAGCCCAUGACCCCUCCGACGACACCGCCCACUUCAGAAUUUACCUUUCAUCCAUCCCCAAAUACCUUGCAAAAGGCGAUAUCGGGAAACAGUUGGAAAAGAAUGGGUGCGAGAUUGGGAUUGGGCCGAAAAAACCACUCUAUUCGCCGUUCUCAGCCCACUAAUGUACCAACAUCGAGCGCCGUCCCUGAGCCACUAUCUUCUACCCGCUCGGGGCCAGCAGCCUUAUAGGAAUUACAGGUCACACCACUACAAGAAAUCACUAGCACAGACGCUUCCCACGUAAACGACGAGCCUCGGGAGUCCCCGAGGUUCUCCUGGGAUGAUCCACAUCCAGGCCAGAAGAUCCCGAUUCAGAUUGGGAUUGCUUCUGGAAUCUGUGGAUACCAGACAGUUAGUGGCAUUUCAACGGGUGGUGUG